AUGCCCGAGGCUGAAUCGCAUCCGUGUGACCCCGUGUAUGGCGACAAUCCUGCACGCAUCCCGCAGCGCCAUACCUCCAGACCCGAGCGCCGCAGACACGAAGCCUCGCCGCCCCAUAGCCAGCACUCGUUGAACGAGGUCGAUGCACCUGCGCCCGUGCGAACCAGACAGGAUGACUCUGCCUGGCACCGAGAUGCCCACCUCGAAGACGAGUCAGUAGAAUCCGCGCCCACACCUCCUUCGUUUCGGACACGACACUCGUCAUCGCCGCCUUCGUCGCCCCAGAGAAGUCCCAGGUCUCCGAUUGCGACUCAGGUCUAUAUCGUCUCGCAUCUCGUCUUCUUCUCGUUAUGGGGUACCCUCGCCCGACUGGGUAUGCAAUGGCUGACCUUCUACCCUGGCGCUCCUCUGGUCACCCCUGUGCUCUGGGCCAACGUUGGCGGCUCGUUUGUCAUGGGUUUCCUGGCAGAAGACAGGCGAUUGUUCCGUGAAGAAUGGGGCCUCGAAAACAUGGAUGCACACACAAGAGAAAAGGCCUUGGAACAAGAAAAAACAGAUCUUGAUGCUGCCAAAAAGGCGCAUGCAAAGACGAAGAAGACGAUCCCGCUGUAUAUCGGCCUGGCUACAGGCUUCUGCGGUUCUUUCACUUCCUUUUCGUCCUUCAUGCGCGACGUUUUUCUGGCUCUCUCCAACAACCUACCGACUCCUGUGAACCAUCCAUACUCCUCGGUUCCUUCGUUUACAUCCACGAUACAUCGCAAUGGCGGAUAUUCUUUCAUGGCUCUACUUGCAGUCAUCAUAUACACUGUCGCGCUCUCUUUGGCUGCUCUCAGGGUUGGCGCACACCUAGCUCUUGCUCUGGAUCGCUUCACACCUACCUUGCCCUUCAGGCUCACUCGUAGAUUCUUCGACCCACUGAUUGUAGUCCUCGCUUGGGGAUGCUGGCUCGGUGCCAUCUUCUUAUCCAUAUGGCCUCCAGAUAGGCCCUCCAGCCCGUCCAGUCGUGGUAGCUGGGCGAACGAGGUCUGGCGUGGUGAGGUCCUGUUCGCAUUGGUCUUUGCGCCAGUCGGUUGUCUCCUUCGCUAUUAUGCGUCACUCAAACUCAACCCGAUCGCUGGGUCUUUUCCUCUGGGAACUUUCGCCGUCAAUGUGUUUGGAUGCGCUGUAGAGGCCAUGUGCUACUCUAUCCAGCAUGUACCCAUCACCUCGACUGCUGGUGCUUUGGUUGGUGGGGGUAGGGUUGGUUGUCAAGUUUUGCAAGGCGUCAUGGAUGGAUUCUGCGGCUGUACAACCACUGUCAGUACGUGGGUUUCGGAAUUGCCAUCCUUGCGACGGCGACACGCCUAUGUGUACGGCUUGGUAAGUGUGCUUGCUGGUUUGAGCUUCAUGAUAAUCAUCAUGGGUAGCGUAAGGUGGACCGUAGGAUUCAGCACGCCGGCUUGCGUGACCAUGCGAACUUCUGUGUAA